GGGAAGGCGCGAGCUAAAAUGUUUUUACAAUUGUUAAUUUUUUGUCUCACGCACUGCUGAAGAUAUAACGACUUCCGUAUCACGUGCUCUUCAGCUUUAAUCGCAAUGUCUACAGGAAGUUUAUCAUGGAUUCCAAAUCUUCGAUCAAAGGUCCCUUUCUGUCACAGCAACAAGAAGACUUCCACCCGUUCAUCGAAGCUUUGUUGCCUUACGUUAAGUCGUUCAGUUACACUUGGUUCAACCUGCAGGCAGCGAAACGGCGCUAUCUCAAGAAGCACGAGAAGAAGAUGACCCACAACGAGGAAAACAAAUGCAAGCGGGACUUUCAGAACGAAAAUCCGGAAACAAAGCAGAAAUGGGCCGCCCGGCUGCUGGGGAAACUGCGCAAGGACAUCACCCACGAUAGUCGGGAAAAUUUCGUCCACUGCAUCUCGAAAAAGAAAACCUCGAUGUGCAUCCUGUCCAAUCCGGACCAGAAGGGCAAGAUGCGCCGGAUCGAUUGCCUUCGGCAGGCCGACAAGGUCUGGCGUCUCGAUCUGGUGAUGGUGAUUCUGUUCAAGGCGAUCCCGCUUGAGAGCACCGACGGUGAACGGCUCGAGAAGGCCUGCUACUGUACCAGCCCGAGCCUGUGCAUUAAUCCGUACCAUAUACAAGUAUUAAUUAAGGAACUGGAUCUCUAUCUGGCCAACUUUAUUAAAUGUUUCAGCGAUGAGGAAAACCAAGGAGAAAAGUCACACAACGCUACGAGGAAAUUUUCGAAGGGAAGUAGUAAGGCUUUCUCCUACGAUUUCAUCGCACCGACGGGCGUCUUUACCUCGUCCGAGCUGUGGAGCAUCACGCAAGGUUGUAUCUUACUCAAGUACAAUCUGGGUAGCAGCGGCAUUGACCACUCCCCAGGCAUCCGAGCUGGAACACUUCCUUUGGACUAA